AUGCGCUUCUGCCUGGAGUUCGCCAGCAAUUUGCUGUACGAGGAGCGGAUUUUGGGACGCAGAAAGUUCCGGAGCCACAUGAACCAGGCGGGAAAGGUGUUUAAAGCCAUGCGCAACCAGCUGCUCGUCAGGCUGGAGAGAAACUCCCUGAACCUGACGCUGCCCGAGAUAAACUCCAUGCGGAAUCGCUUGAAGAGCUUGUCCCUGAGCGUAGGGAACCUGCCAGGGAAGGGCGGACACCGGCGAUUUGUGGCUGACUACUACAAGGAUCUGGAGUUUGAAGGCGACGAGGAUCUCGAGACUGCCCAACUCAAGAUUUUGGAGUUUCGAACGAGCAUUGAGUUAAGCCUGCUGGACCACCCUGUAGCCCAAGACAGGCGAUACGUGAUCCACUCCUAUCCCAUAUCAAAUAAUUUUUUUGAAUCUGCCAUUGAGGAAGAUGGCAACACUCUCUACCUGUCCUACGACAUUCUAGCGGAUUCUUCCUUCGAUCCAGACGCCCAUGACAUAUUCAAGAUGAUUCCCCUGAGCUUGCUCUUUGGAAGGAGCAUGUUGGGAGGUUUAAAUAUGCAAGAAAAAUGCGAGCGGCAAGACGUCAAUCUACUCAACCUGUUCGAUGAUAACCAGAUUAUUACCGGCAAACACAUAUGUGCUAACUUGUGGGAUAAGAAAUGGGAGCAGAACUUGCGCGAAGAGUACCUCCUGGUCCUCAAUUUGGCCCACGAAGCCUACUUCGCAGAGGGCUCCAAGUUCAGUCAGAGGCAACCCAACUUCACCACAAUGUCCCUCAGGGAGUUGUUCUUCUUCAGGUUUGGCCAGAGCACCUUCGGCAAGCAUUUGUACUCCCGAAGCGAUUUCGUUAAGGGCGGUCCACCCAUCAACUCUGUGACCAUGCUGCCCGCUUUUGUUCAGACCUUUAACUGCCCGGAUAAGGGAGAGUUACUCACCCAGAAAAAUUAA